CACACACACACACACACACACACACACACACACACACACACACACACACAGAAGCCAAGAUGUCCGGCCGCGGCAAGGGAGGGAAGGGCCUCGGCAAGGGCGGCGCCAAGCGCCGCCGGAAGGUGCUCCGCGACAACAUCCAGGGCAUCACCAAGCCGGCCAUCUGUCGUCUGGCGCGCAGGGGCGGCGUGAAGCGCAUCUCGGGGCUCAUCUACGAGGAGACCCGCGACGUGCUCAAGAUCUUCCUGGAGAACGUCAUCCGCGAUGCCGUCACCUACACGGAGCACGCCCGCCGCAAGACCGUCACCGCCAUGGACGUCUCGUCUACGCGCUCAAGUGCCAGGGGCGAACCCUCUACGGAUUUGGCGGCUGAUCCUGCGGCCGCUGCUCCAAUCUUCAUUGUUUCGACUCUGCUAGCUGCUGUUCUGGUGCUAUGGUUUCCUCCAUCCGCCUCACCUCGCCACCACACCGCCGCAACAACCACCAGCAGCAACACACACACAGCAGCGAAGAUGUCCGGCCGCGGCAAGGGAGGGAAGGGGCUGGGCAAGGGCGGCGCCAAGCGCCACCGGAAGGUGCUCCGCGACAACAUCCAGGGCAUCACCAAGCCGGCCAUCCGGCGGCUGGCGCGACGGGGCGGCGUGAAGCGCAUCUCGGGGCUCAUCUACGAGGAGACCCGGGGCGUGCUCAAGAUCUUCCUGGAGAACGUCAUCCGCGACGCCGUCACCUACACCGAGCACGCCCGCCGCAAGACCGUCACCGCCAUGGACGUCGUCUACGCGCUCAAGCGCCAGGGCCGCACUCUCUACGGAUUCGGCGGCUGACCUGCGCCCUCUGCUCCAAUCUCCAUCGACUCUGACUCUGCUAGCUGCUGCUGCUGUUCUGGUGCUGUGGUUUCGUUUCUGAAUUCAGAGUGCGUGCGUUGUUGUUCCGUCGGUCUGUGUAGUUAGUGGAUGGCGAUGGAUCUGAAUGCAGUUAGUUCGUCAGAGUGCGUGUGUUGUCUGUGGAAGGAGAUAAAUAUGAAUGCAAUGGGAUUGUUGGUUUCUUCUA